AUGUUCAGCCGACUCGUCCGGCCGCAGAGCGCCCUGCGCGCGUCUGCUUUCUCUCCGACCUCCUCCGCCCUCUCACGUUUCCAGACCCGUGGCUUGCAUCGCAUCCCUCAAUUGCAGCAUGAUGCCUAUUACAAGGAGAAUGGAAUUCCGGAGUUUAUGUCACCCGAGGCUUUUGAUUUCUCUUGGAAGCAAUACCAGUCUUUCCUCAUCGAAAAGCUCAAUCUGUUGACACAAGACACCGUUGACACGGACGCCAAACCCGGGGAAUUGCUGGUCAAGUACUCCCGACGUCCGGAGAUGGCCUCGGUGUUCAAUUAUGCCUCGAUGGCACACAACAACCACUUUUUCUUCAACUGCCUGUCCCCAACCAACACCAAGAUGCCCGAGCGGUUCGCCAAGGACAUCGUCGACACGUGCUCCUCGAUUGAAUCGCUCCGUCUGGACUUCCUCGCCACGGCCAACGCCAUGUUCGGUCCUGGCUUCGUGUGGCUCGCAAAGAACCUGGAGCGCGAGGGCAUGAUGCACAUCUUCUGCACUUACAACGCCGGCUCGCCCUACCCGGCAGCCCACUCACGCCGACAACCAGUCGACAUGGCCACGCACUCGCCUGACGCCCCACUGGGCAACCAGUUCGCCGGAUCGAUGGGCGCGCACGCCCAGAACCAGAAGAGCCUGGCGCCCGGCGCCGUGGACGUCCAGCCCAUUCUCUGUGUUAACACUUGGGAGCACGCCUGGAUGAUGGACUACGGCAUCUCGGGCAAAGAGGAGUACCUGGAACGUUGGUGGGAUCGCAUCAACUGGGACGUGGUCUUCGACAACUACAAUGCCGUCAAUUCGGUCCGCGCUACGCGGAGUGCCACGCGCAAUCGGAGUAUUGGCAUGCUCUGA